GGGUCAAGGCCAAGAAUGCAACUCCAAGGAUACUUGCUUGGAAAUCCAGUUUCAGAUUCUUUUAUUGAUGUAAAUGAGAGAAUCCCAUAUGUUCACCAAGUGUCACUCAUUUCAGAUGAAAUCUAUGAGGCUGCUAAAACUAAUUGCAGUGGGGACUAUGUCAAUGUGGAACUUAACAAUACACUUUGUGUUACUGCUCUUCAAAAAAUUAAAGAUUGUCUUCUACAAAUAAAUCUUGCACAAAUUUUGGAACCCCAAUGUGCUUUUGCAUCUGGUAGAAGAACUGAGUUGGAUGGGAUCUUAGAGCUCGAGAAGCAAGUACUAUGGAUUACCUCCUUUCAGAGUCUAAGCUACCUGAACUGCAUUGCCGGUUGUGUAGAUACUUUUCACGAAGAGAAGAGCAAACGUGAAAGAAGAAAAGAAAACAAAGCUUUGACUAUGGAAUUGUUGGCUGUGGCAUAUUCGUCCCUUGUAGCCAAAAUGGAGGAGAUUAUAUAUAGGUUGGUCAUGCUGGAAUUUUCAGCCACACAGAAGUAUUCUUUUGCAUCUAAUUCAACUUACAAUGUGGAAGAGGCUGGUGAUCUGUAA